AUGGCCGCUAAAAUGGAUCAAGCCGGAUCUACUUCGAGUGGAUUCGACUUUGGCCUACAUACAAGAAAUGCACAUUUGAGCUCAUCAAAAGGUUUACAUCUACCAAAGGCAACAAGUACAGGUACAACGAUUGUGGGAUGUGUCUAUAAAGAUGGUAUCGUUCUAGGUGCUGAUACAAGAGCAACAGAAGGUCCAAUCGUUGCCGAUAAGAAUUGCGAAAAGAUUCAUUAUAUCACCGAUAACAUUCGUUGCUGUGGUGCUGGAACGGCUGCUGAUACGGAAUUUGUGACUGCAUUGAUUUCCAGUAAUAUGCAAUUACACGAACUACAUACCGGACGUAAAGCAAGAGUUGUUACCGCAAUGACAAUGUUGAAACAACGUUUAUUCCAAUAUCAAGGUCAUAUCGGUGCUGCUCUUGUUUUGGGAGGAUACGAUGAAACUGGACCAAAUCUAUUCACAGUUGCACCCCACGGAUCAACAGACAAGUUACCCUAUGUCACCAUGGGUAGUGGUAGUUUAGCAGCAAUGGCUGUUUUCGAAUCAGGAUGGGUAAAGGAUAUGGACAGAGAAUCAGCAAUCGCAUUAGUAGCAGCAGCCAUUCAAUCUGGUAUCUUUAACGAUUUGGGUUCAGGUUCAAAUGUUGAUGUUUGUGUGAUUACAAAAGAGAAGACAGACAUGUACAGAAAUUACGAGAAGCCAAACGAACGUGGUGUCAAAGAGCAAAAGUAUCUUUUCCCCAAGGGAACAACACCUUGGACAAAAGAACUAAUUCAUCAAAUGAUUGUCAGAGAGGAUGUUCUAGAAGUUGGAAAGCAACAAAAGCAACAAGCAUCAACAGUCACUACAGGUGGUGAUGGCAUGGAUUUGAGCUAA